GCAGGAAUGACGUCGUCGGCGGAGGGAUAGAUAGCUGUGAGAGAGAGCAGUGUGGGCAGAGGACUACCAGUGCUAUCCGCUGCGGACAGAAAGUGGAGGGCGAAAACUCUCGGAGCGACAGCUUGCCGUAUGCCAAUGUGCGAAAAUAUACAGUUUCGGUAGAGGCCAAGGGAUCGAGAAUCAGUCGCGGAAGAUUCGAGCUUCGGUCAUCUGAAAGAGGAGCGUGUAACGAUGUCGUCUCCAAGUCCGGGCAAAAGACGAAUGGACACCGACGUGGUGAAACUCAUCGAGAGUAAACAUGAAGUCACAAUCCUGAGUGGACUCAAUGAAUUUGUAGUGAAGUUUUAUGGACCACAAGGAACACCAUAUGAGGGGGGCGUAUGGAAGGUGCGAGUAGAUCUUCCAGACAAAUACCCCUUCAAAUCUCCCUCUAUAGGAUUUAUGAACAAGAUUUUUCAUCCGAACAUCGAUGAAGCGUCAGGGACCGUGUGUUUAGAUGUGAUCAACCAGACAUGGACCGCUCUUUAUGAUCUCACCAAUAUCUUCGAGUCAUUUUUGCCACAGUUGCUGGCCUACCCGAACCCCAUCGACCCUCUGAACGGGGACGCCGCAGCCAUGUACCUACACCGGCCAGAGGACUACAAACAGAAAAUCAAAGAAUACAUCCAGAAAUAUGCAACAGAGGAGGCUCUGAAGGAGCAGGAGGAAGGAGCGGGCGACUCCUCUUCAGAAAGCUCCAUGUCCGACUUUUCAGAGGAUGAAGCUCAGGACAUGGAGUUGUAGUUAAGGGUGACAGUUUCUCCCCUUUACCACAGAGACUAUAUUAUUUCCUAACCAUGCGAAGCAGACUAUAAAAGAUUCAUAUUUAAACAAGGUGAUUUUUUUUUUUUUUUUUUUUUAUCGUUAUUAUUACUAAACCAGGAUUUUUAUGGAUAUCUAGCGUUGAUGAUGAAUACGGCACCCUCUCUAGGUGUUCUAUCUCUACUUCUUGGUGGUUGUUUUUUCCCCCCUUUUUUCUCUCUUUCACUCUCUCACUCACUCUCUCCUUCACCCCAACAAAAGAAAGGCUUGUAGUUUUCCCCCUUGAUUCCACGUUGGUAGCUGCGUAGCUGGAAUGCAUGUCAUCGCCUCCCUAAUCCAACUUUUCCGACGCAGACUGACCGGACAGAGGCUGUAUUUAAACGGGGGUGGCCAUUUUUUUUUUUUAUUGUCCCCUUGUGAUGUUACUAACGUACUGAGAGUUGUGUCUGUGAUGCUCUGAUACAUGAAUCCCCUCGGCUUAGACCUUUUGCCAGGACGGUCCUCAGGUGGAGUCGUUGCAGUUGGACCGGACAUGUUUUGCCUCAUUACUUCCAUCCACCUUCCCAACGCAAGUCAUUUUGAAUUAUCAUUGCUUCCCUGGUUGUCCCCCUUAUUUGACAUUUCAUUUGUUUGUUUUCUCUUUAAACAGCUGUUUUAAGAUAAAAACGCUCAAGAGAGGAACUCUCUUCUUUUUAUUUGGGAACGUUUCCACGCUGUACAUUAAAGCAAUCAUCAGGAUUUUACCGAACGCCGCUCACCGAUCAAGCCCACGAUACAGCGCCGGCGGAAAAUCUCAAUACGACUCCCUUUAAGUUCCUCGAGCGUCUUUUUAAAGAGGAUGUAGAUGUAGAGGCUAGCACAGCGAAGCUCAACUUUUCCACUAGCUCGAUGUUUCUGGCUUUUGUUCCCUCGUUGUGGAAGCCCCACACCACCAAACAUGGCUCUACGCUUCCACAGUGACCUUCACAAAACGACCAGGAAGUGACUGUCCUGCUUUACGGAGCACAAAUCUUUUAUUUUGUACCAACAAUGUAUGCACAGAGUGUUUGUCUUUUUCCUCUUUCUGUCUCGCACCCGCUCCCUAUUUACGAGCAUCUUUUUUUUUGUUGUACAUUUGGAAGUGGUCGUGUAGGACUUUGUUGGUCUAGCCUAGAAGAAACCUUAAAGAGAAAAGAGACAAAAAAAAAAAAAAAAGAUUUUUACUAACAUUUGUAGAGUUCUUCAUCUUUUUCUAUUGCUUGUGCAUAACUAUGAUAGCUGUUGUUUGACCUCAUGUAGAUCUAGUUAGUUUUACUGGGUGGUGAAAUCAAAAUUAGAUGUUCAUAUGGAUUUAGGUUUUGUAACCUGCUUGUCCGAAAUACAGAUAUUAUCCGAAGGAUCCCAUUUGGUAAGAUCUGCCUUGGAGCGACUUGUGGUUUUAGGAGUAACGGGG